ACUCAAAAAUGAUGCCAAAACCGAAGGAAAUAUGUGGAAGCCAUGGAAAUAUAUAUGAAACAUCGAUAAGCUCCGAUGAUCUAAGUUCUAGAACCGGAGGGUCACGAAGGGGCAGAGGAGGAAGAAGAAGUGAGAAAAGAGAGAGUGUGUCUGAUUUAGAAGCUGAGGAGACAAAAGGGUUUAUGGAUUUAGGUUAUGUUUUCACAGAAGAAGACUUGAAUUCGGAGUUACCGGAGAUUCUUCCCGGGUUACGGACAUUUCUCUGCCGGGAAGAACAGCGAAGAUCAGAGUCGUCGGUGCCUAGACCAUAUUUGUCGGAGACUUGGGACUUCUACGGUGAUAAAUGGAGAAGAAGAGAAGAGAAAGAUUCAAUGGUUAUAGAUUUGAGAAUGGCUAAGUUAUGUGGUGAGACGAACAUGAAGGAGAAUCUUAAAAGGUGGGCUCGUUCUGUAGCUUCAAAUCUCAAAUGAGAUGCAAUAUUAUUCAUUAUUUCUAGCUUAAUCUUUGGUACUACCUAUAUUACACUAUUGUCUUUUCUAAUGUCUGUAGAAAUUUUGAGAUUAUUUAUGAAUGUAACUAUGUAAGGGCUUAAAAUUCGGAUGGUAAGAAUCUAUCGUCAUACUAAAAGAGUUUCCACACUCUCUAGUUGGGCAAGAUUCAAUGGUAAGAAUCUAAAUGAAUGAGUUUGAACGAA